GGGGUUUGUUUCCAGGAAGUGACUAGCGUGACUACAGGCCUCACAUUGUCGCUAACACAACUUUUUGCUUGUCAUCUCUCAGCUCACAUUGUAUCCAACGUUUUCGUAAUUCUCCAACAUGGGUGAUGAUGAAGAAAAAUAUGACGGCAUGUUGCUUGUUAUGGCGCAACAACACGAAGGAGGGGUACACGAGUUGGUAAACACAUUUUUCAGUUUUCUACGCCGCAAAACUGAUUUCUUCACUGGUGGAGAACCAGGAGCUCCAGAGAAGCUUAUCAAAGAUGCUUUUGCCCACCACAACAAACUAGCAGUGAAGGCCAACAAAGAAAAACAGAUGAAACAGGAUAAGGAAAAGAAGGAGAAAGCCGAAAGAGCUGCCAAGCUUGAAGAGGAAGAGAGGAAAAAGAAAACUGGUGAUGGUCCCAGAAUUCAGGAACUGACUGAUGAAGAAGCAGAGAAACUUCAGUCUGAGCUCGACAAGAAAAAAAAAGAAGAACAGAAAAUGGGGGAAGCAACAAUGGAUGAAAAGUCCUCUGACAAAGCCGACAAAGAGAAGGGGUCGGACUCAGAAGGAGAGCAGGAUGAGAAAGACAAAGAUAAAAUAAAGCCCAAUGCAGGAAAUGGAGCAGACCUGCCAAACUACAAGUGGACACAGACGCUGUCUGAAGUUGAUCUGGUGGUGCCUUUUGAUGUCAAGUUCCGAAUUAAGGGGAGGGAUGUAGUCGUGGACAUCCAGCGACGCUCCAUCAAAGUGGGCCUGAAGGGACACCCUCCUGUUAUCGAGGGGCAGCUUUACAACGAGGUGAAGGUGGAGGAAAGCUCCUGGCUCCUCGACGAUGGAAAGAUUGUUACAGUCCACUUAGAAAAGAUCAAUAAAAUGGAGUGGUGGAGCAGGAUUGUUACUACAGAUCCAGAAAUUAACACCAAGAAAGUGUGUCCAGAGAACUCCAAGCUGUCAGACCUGGACGGGGAGACGCGUGGGAUGGUAGAGAAGAUGAUGUAUGACCAACGGCAGAAAUCAAUGGGCCUGCCGACAUCUGAAGAGCAGAAGAAACAAGACAUUCUUAAAAAGUUCAUGGCUCAACACCCAGAGAUGGAUUUCUCUAAAGCCAAAUUCAGCUGAGACUUAAUGUUAUCCGCUUCACCUGUAGAAUCAUUAUAAUUAUCCAUCAUAUUGGAGCCAGCUUCAGGCACCAAACAACUCCCCUCAACUGUUCUCUCAUUACUGGACAAGGUUUUGUUGACUUUGUUUGUCUUAAGUUCAUUCUUUGCUUUGUUUGGGUUUGUUUUUGUUUUUUUGUUUAUGAUAAAGAAGAUUGAUGACUGUAAUAGCCCAAUUCUCACUGUGCAUGUCAUCUCAAUAUUUAAAGAUGUGUCUGAAUUUUUUAAAUAAAGGAAUUUAAAAUCAUCAAGUCA